CGUAGACAUUCAAUCCGUGGGUAUAAGAGAUUAAAUAUGUUUGGACAUAUAUUUUUGCUAGUGACUGUUUGCGCUUUUGUGAGCUCGAGCGAACCUGAAUGUUCAAAAUUUCAUUAUGAAGAGAAGACGCUUGAAAAAAUGAUUAAAACUGAAAUAUAUGUGGACAAAAUAAAAUCGGAAACUGAAAACAUGCAGCAAAAAAUGUCCGAAAAACUUGAUGGAAUUCAAGAAGAUUGCGAGACAACGGAGCGUGAAUUAAAAGAAGCUAAAGAAGACAAUAAGAAAGCGGUUGAGGAAAUCAAAGCAACAAUAGAUGGUCUGUCAACCGUACCAGCUGUUGGUUUUCAGUCACAUGAUAUAAAGAACACUGCGCCGAGCGAUGGUUAGAAACUGGUAUUUAGCACAACUACGUUUGACAUAGGCUCCGGCUACAACAAUACGACUGGGGUAUAUGUUACACCUGUCGCCGGUAUAUACAUGUUCACAUUGCAGCUGUGCAUGGAGGAUAAAGUGUAUUUCUACUUUGAAAUUGCUUCUAAAAAAUCUCCUAUUCUAAAGGGUUGCAUGCAUGACGACGGCGGUAGACCCUAUGGUUGCCAAACAGCUACAACUGUAGCAGUUUUUGGUGCACAGGAACAUGUGUGGAUAAAAAGUGGAACGUCUACCAGUGGGAGUCAUAUUCAUAAGGAAGCAAAAGUCUGGAAUAGCUUUUCUGGUGUUCUGAUUAGCACAAUCGCCAAAUAGACAAAACCUUUUGUUUUUUUUUUCUUGUUUUAUUGUUGUAUUUAAUAGAAAGAGACCUGUAACUGCAUGGUGAACUUGUUUCAAAAUACAA